AUUUUUUGGUAUCUAUCGACGUUGCUGAGCUUGCUGCUGCCGUCCGUCCAACAUAUGCACUGGGAAGGCCAAGCUGUAGAUUGCUUGCAUUGAAAAUUUUCAAUUCCAUUUUCCCGCUGCUGUGUAUGUACUCCGUACUCCAUACAAAGUAACCAUCGAUUGUACCCGACGGCCCGUCCCCCCCCCCCUAAUAAGCUUCCUCGUCAGGGGUUCACCAUGAACAAAUUUACAUGCCUGGGGAGCCCGGAAAUAACUCGGAGAACGGGCGAACAGCAGGGAUUGGACUCCGUACUAGGUGCUACAGUGCUUCACAGUAACUCUGUACACCCGCCUGUGCUGUGUGCCAACUGAAAGUAUAGUAUAUGGCUACAAAAGAUCACUCUGGGAUAUGUGGAUAUGUGGAGGAUCGUCGCCAUUGGAGAUGGUCUUCGGGUGUUUCUGCUCCAUAGGAUUCUCAUCUUUUCAACCAUCACUCGCUGAUGGGGACAGCACAGCAACCUGGCCGGCGGUGUCUCGCUGUUUGAUGGGAGGGAGCACGACAGGCAGCAUAGCAUGGUGGGACAGGGACACGGUAUCGGGUGUAUUGUAAAUUACCUGACCAACGUAACUUAUAAUUUCUUUUUUUUUUUUUUCAAUUUUCUCCCUCCAAGAAUAAGUUACAAGCAACCCUGUCACGUAAUGUUCGGUACGUACAGUCCAAGCUUCCCUCCGCCUACUACCCCCCGGGCAAAGUUACAAUAAUACAUGUCGCCAGUUUCCUCCUUUUAUACCACCGCUGGUCCUCCCUCUCGAUUCGAGCGCCGGCUUCUUCUUCUCCCCUUUCUACGACUCGACCUCUGUCUCUUCUGUCUCACCCUUCAAUCUUCGACUUACAAUCUCCCCUCUCCCCUCUCCCCUCUUCCCUCUUCCCUCUCUCCUCCUCUCCUCCUCUCCUCUCUCCUCCUCUCCUUUUUCCCCUUCUCCUCUCUCUCCUCUCUUGCGACCGAUCCUGUGUUUACACUUUUGCGCAUUUCGUACCCCGCAUUCCCGGUCAACCGGAAAUCAUUAGUAUAUCUACCCUCCAAGCCCACGGCAUACUUUAUACAGUCGAUUCGGGAAUUUCUAAUAACAUUUGGCCGCAAUGUCUGAUGGUCCCAUUACGCCGCCUAAGGCGCCAGUAGUUGUUGAAGCCCACGAGGUUGACACUUUCCAUGUCCCCCAAGCUUUUGUCGAGAACCAUCCUACGAGAACCCAUCUAAAGGACCUGGACGAGUAUAAGAAGCUCUAUGAAGAAUCGAUCCGUGACCCGCAUACUUUUUGGGCACGGCUGGCCCGUGAGCUCAUUACAUUCGAAAAGGAUUUCGACACCACCCGCAACGGCUCCUUUGAAGGCGGAGACGUUGCGUGGUUCCUUGGUGGGCGUUUGAACGCGUCGUACAAUUGCGUCGACCGCCAUGCUAUCAAGGAUCCCAACAAGGUGGCUAUCGUUUACGAGGCGGAUGAACCCAAUGAAGGUCGCACUAUUACAUAUGGCGAGCUCCUGAAGGAAGUUUCCCGGAUGGCCUGGGUGCUGAAGCAGGCUGGUGUUAGAAAGGGGGAUACCGUGGCCAUUUACUUGCCUAUGAUUCCCGAGGCCGUGAUUGCGUUCAUGGCGUGUAUUCGUAUUGGUGCGGUUCACUCCGUCGUUUUUGCUGGGUUCUCCUCGGAUUCUCUCCGCGACCGCGUCUUGGAUGCCAAGUCGAAAGUUGUCAUUACCACAGACGAGGGGAAGCGUGGUGGGAAGCUGAUUGGGACCAAGAAGAUUGUUGACGAGGCCCUCAGUCAAUGCCCGGAUGUCACAAACUGCAUUGUGUACAAGAGGACGGGCGCUGAUGUGCCGUGGACGAAGGGCCGAGAUUUGUGGUGGCAUGAGGAGGUCGAGAAGUAUCCCAACUACAUUCCCCCUGAGUCAAUGAACUCGGAGGAUCCUCUCUUCCUCCUGUACACAUCCGGUUCGACUGGGAAGCCCAAGGGUCUGAUGCACACGACAGCUGGUUAUUUGGUUGGCGCGGCCGCAACUGGCAAAUAUGUGUUUGAUAUUCAUGACUCAGACCGCUUCUUCUGCGGUGGUGAUGUUGGUUGGAUUACGGGGCACACCUAUGUCGUAUAUGCUCCUCUGCUUCUUGGAUGUGCAACUCUGGUGUUUGAGAGCACGCCGGCAUAUCCUAACUUCUCCCGUUAUUGGGAUGUUAUUGAGAAGCACAAGGUGACCCAGUUCUAUGUUGCCCCAACUGCUCUGAGACUUCUGAAGCGUGCUGGAAAUGACUACAUCCACCACAAACUCAAGAGUCUCCGUAUUUUGGGUUCUGUUGGCGAACCAAUUGCGGCCGAGGUGUGGAAAUGGUAUUUCGAGGUCGUUGGAAGGGAAGAGUGUCAUCUUAUUGACACAUACUGGCAAACUGAGACCGGCUCCCACGUUAUUACCCCCCUGGGUGGCAUCACGCCAACGAAACCUGGCAGUGCUUCGCUCCCCUUCUUCGGCAUUGAACCUGCCAUCAUUGACCCGGUAUCGGGAGAGGAAAUCAAAGGUAACGACGUUGAAGGUGUCCUAGCCAUUAAACAGCCAUGGCCCAGUAUGGCCCGCACAGUCUGGGGUGGCCACAAGAGAUAUAUGGACACAUAUUUCAAUGUCUACAAGGGCUUUUACUUCACUGGCGAUGGUGCUGGACGUGAUCUUGACGGAUACUACUGGAUCCGAGGCCGUGUUGACGACGUUGUCAAUGUUUCUGGCCACCGUCUGUCAACUGCAGAGAUUGAAGCUGCUCUUAUUGAACACUCUGCUGUGGCUGAAGCGGCUGUCGUCGGUAUUGCGGAUGAACUCACCGGACAAGCCGUCAACGCCUUUGUCGCCCUGAAGGCCAGCAGCGACAAUGUCGAACAACUCCACAAGGAUCUUAUCAUGCAAGUUCGCAAAUCGAUUGGGCCAUUUGCUGCUCCCAAGGCUGUAUUCAUCGUUGAUGACCUGCCGAAGACUCGAAGUGGUAAGAUCAUGCGACGAAUCUUGAGAAAGAUUCUUAGCGGUGAGGAGGAUAGCUUGGGUGAUAUCUCGACUCUAUCCGACCCAAGUGUUGUUGCGAAAAUCAUCGAUACUUACCAUGCUUCAAAGAAGAAGAAGGGUAUUUCUUUUGUUUUCCAAAAUAAUGAAAAUAAAAAUAAAAUGAAUGAAUAAAGCGAAAGAUAUAUACCCGCGGACACGCCGUAAAACGAAUAAAUGAUGGGGAGUAUGGAGUGCCACAGAAGGGAACUAAAAGGGGCCCCAAACCAACACAAAACACCAACGGAGAUAGAUGGCAGUUUUUUAGUAUUAUACACCUCCCUGUCCUUGGUUGUAUUGAAGCCACCUGCUAUUAUUGCUUUUGUGCUAUUUUUUUUAUUUUUUUUUUAUCGCGAAAAGCCUGAAUUGCGUGCCCCACCGAUUUUAUCUUUCCCUGUUACGAUUCUUAUUAGAUAUGUAUGGUUAGGCAUGUGGUUAGAAGUUGACCUUGUUAGUUGGUCAUGGUUUUUAGGCAUUCCCUAGCCCAUUGCUGCGUGGACUGAGCGUGAAGAGUCGCCUUGUCCUGUCCGUAGGUGGUCAUGAUCUUCUGAGUCUUAUGUUCACGUGUGUAUUAUGAUUCAUCGAUAGAUUACAAUGGAGACCUGGUCCAGUAUAUUUAUUUAUUUACAGCGAACUAUGAUUAUUAUAUUUGAUAUCGGACAUGCAUCUGCCAAGGAAGAUACAUGGCUGAAUGCUGCCUAGCGCCGACACGCUGUCGAUUUUAGGCAUAGCCGCGUCACCUGACCCGAGCCUCCUUACCUCAAACAGCCAGC